GAAGGCAGUUUGCAGCAUCUUCAGAUAUUAACAAAGAUCACUUUUGAUGAGAUAUAUCAGUAGAAAUAUUUGUUCAGAGCAAUAUACGAGAAGAAGGAAAACCUUUGUGAACUGUGACAAGAGAAAGGAACAUUAUGGAAGAUGAAUUAUAUCGGAGUGAAGUUGAAUGUAAAAGAGAGUCUGAAGAAAUUGAUUUUUCUGAUGAGGAAAAGAAUGAAAAGGGCAAAACAUCAUUUGAUUGUGAUAUCUGUGGCAAGUCGUUCUCUUGGAAAGCUAAGUUAGUCAUUCACGAACGUACCCAUACAGGAGAAAAACCAUAUCACUGUGAUAUCUGUGGUAAAUCUUUCUCUCGAAACGAUCACUUAACCAAGCACAAGCAUGUUCAUACAGGUGAAAAACCAUAUCACUGUGAAAUCUGUGGUAAAUCUUUCUCUCGAAACGAUCACUUAACCAAGCACAAGCAUGUUCAUACAGACAGAGAACACAUUUCAUGAGGAAUAGAUUCAUUUCCCAAGUUACAGACAUUGUUUAUGAGUUUUAUUUUUCACGCACAACAUCCAAAUUUUGAAAGUUUCUACUACCAUAACAAAUGCAUCUGUGUCUUACCAAGAAGUUUAUAAAAAGCAAAGGAAUGCUUCUCAGUAAACAACUCUAGACUUGUUUCUUGUGAAUCAGUGGUCACGUCUACAAAUGAUGGUGUCCCUGAGUCUUUUCAAAGUGAUUCAGAAAACAAUUAUAAUGAUCAUAUUUUAUCUAUUCUAAAUGAUCUUGACAUUGUUUUUGACUUUACAUAAAAUAUUCUUUACAUUCUA